AUGAAGAUUUAUUUGAGGCUGCAGUUUCUCGUUGGUAUCAUGAACAUUGUCGAUAUGGUAGCAAUAAUUCCAUUCUACCUGGAAUUAACGCUCGCUAUGUUCGGAGUUGAUGUCGCCAGCCUCAGUGAUAUUAAAGGUAUGCCUUAUUACUUUUUGUUAUAUUUACCUAUACUGUUUCUCAUCUCAUGUGAGCAUCAAGAAUGAGU